GUCGGAAAGCACGACUCUCGCGAGAACCGCUAAGCUCCGCCCAGCCUCCCAGCGACGUCCUUGUCGCCAUAUUGCUUAUGGGCAGUUUCCUGAGGCUGAGCUGACGGGCUGGAGAACCCUACUCCGCGCUCCUGCGUUUGGAGGAUACCAGACUCCCGCUCCGCCCGGGCCCGGUGCCCAGUGCUCUUGAGACCCGGCGUCCAUGACCAAGCCUUACGAGUGACCUGCCCACCUUCAGGUCCACCCGAGGGAACGAGCACUGGGGACUUGUGCACCCACAAAGCCAGAGUCGUGAAGAUUACUCCGGGGGGAAAGGAAGAAUGCCUCUCUUCUUCCGGAAGCGGAAACCCAGUGAAGAGGCUCGGAAACGCCUGGAGUAUCAGAUGUGUCUGGCAAAAGAAGCUGGGGCAGAUGACAUUCUUGACAUCUCUAAAUGUGAGCUCUCAGAGAUUCCGUUUGGGGCUUUUGCAACAUGCAAAGUUCUACAGAAAAAGGUGUUGAUUGUCCACACGAAUCACCUCACUUAUCUGCUCCCUAAAUCUUGCAGCCUCCUGAGUCUCGCAACCAUCAAGGUUCUGGAUCUUCACGAUAAUCAGCUGUCCGCUCUUCCCGACGAUAUAGGGCAGCUGACCGCCCUCCAGGUAUUGAACGUAGAAAGGAAUCAACUGACAUAUCUGCCACGUUCCAUUGGGAACCUGAUCCAGCUCCAGACCCUCAACGUGAAAGAUAACAAGCUGAGGGAGCUUCCCGACACCGUGGGGGAACUUCGAAGCCUACGUACCCUUGACAUCAGUGAGAACGAGAUUCAGAGGCUGCCACAGCUGCUGGCGCACGUUCGAACCCUGGAAACUCUGAGCCUCGACGCCUCGUCCAUGGUUUACCCCCCACAGGAGGUGUGCAGUGCUGGGACCCAGGCCAUUCAGCAGUUCCUCUGCAAAGAGUCAGGGCUGGACUACUACCCUCCUUCUCAGUACUUGCUGCCAGUCCUGGAGCAAGAUGGGGCUGACGCUUCCUGGGACAGCCCCGACGGCCCCACAGACAGAUUCUCCAGGGAGGAGGCAGAAUGGCAGAAUAGGUUCUCAGACUAUGAGAAGAGGAAGGAACAGAAGAUGCUGGAGAAACUCGAGUUUGAACGGCGCCUGGAACUCGGGCAGCGAGAACAUGCCCAGCUCCUUCAGCAGAGCAGCAAUCAGAAGGACGAGAUUCUUCAGACGGUCAAGGAGGAGCAGUCCCGGCUGGAGCAGGGCCUAAGUGAGCAUCAGCGCUACCUGGAUGCAGAGCGUCAGCGGCUGCAGGAGCAGCUGAAGCAAACGGAGCAGAACAUCGCCAACCGGAUCCAGAAACUCCUGCAGGAGAAUCAGAGGCAGAAGAAAAGUUCUGAGAUCUUGAAGUCGCUGGAAAAUGAAAGGAUAAGGAUGGAACAGUUGAUGUCCAUCACUCAGGAGGAGACCGAGAACCUGCGGAGGCGUGAGAUUGCCUCCGCCAUGCAGCAGAUGCUGACUGAGAGCUGUACAAACCGGCUCAUCCAGGUGGCCUACGAGUCCCAGAGGCAGAACUUGGUCCAGCAGGCCUGUUCCAGCAUGGCCGAAAUGGAUGAGCGAUUCCAGCAGAUACUGUCAUGGCAGCAGAUGGAUCAGAACAAAGCCAUCAGCCAGAUCCUGCAGGAGAGUGCCAUGCAGAAGGCUGCGUUUGAGGCUCUGCAGGUGAAGAAGGACCUCAUGCACCGGCAGAUCAGGAAGCAGAUUAAGUUAAUAGAAACUGAGUUAUUGCAGCUGACACAGCUGGAGGUAAAGAGGAAGUCCCUGGACACAGAGGCAUUGCAGGAGAUGAUCUCAGAGCAGCGCUGGGCCCUGAGCUCCCUGCUCCAGCAGCUGCUCAAGGAGAAGACGCAGCGGGAGGAAGAGCUCCGGGAAAUCCUGACAGAGUUAGAAGCCAAAAGUGAAACCAGGCAGGAAAAUUACUGGCUGAUUCAGUAUCAACGGCUUUUGAACCAGAAACCCUUGUCCUUGAAGCUGCAGGAAGAAGGCAUGGAACGCCAGCUGGCGGCCCUCCUGGUGGACCUGUCGGCCGAACACUACCUGCCCAUCUUUGCCCACCACCGCAUCUCCCUGGAGACGCUGAGCCGGAUGAGCCCUGGGGACCUGGCCAAGGUGGGCGUCUCGGAAGCCGGCCUGCAGCACGAGAUCCUGCGGAGAGUCCGGGAGCUGUUGGGUGCGGCCAGGAUCCAGCCAGAGCCACUGAACCCACCCAAGGGUGAGGUCCCUGGGGCCAUGGAGGUGCCCACCGCCCCCGAGGAGCUGCCUGAGUCCGUGAGCCCGUCUGCUCCCCCGGCAGAGCUGGAGGUGCCGACUUCAGAGUGUGUCGUGUGCCUGGAACAGGAGGCCCAGAUGAUCUUCCUCAAUUGCGGCCACGUCUGCUGCUGCCAGCAGUGCUGCCAGCCACUGCGCACCUGCCCACUGUGCCGCCAGGAGAUCGUGCAGCGCCUCCGCAUCUACCACAGCGGCUGAGCCGCCGCCUGCUCCGGACAGACCCGUGCAGCUCCCCUCUGCCCUGGGCCCUCGUCUCACAGCCUGGAGGUGCCCCCCGCCCCGCCCCGCCCCGCCCCGCCCCGCCCCUCCACGCACACUGGGGCUGGAGGGCGGCGGAGCGUUCCAGACCCUGAUGUGGCCGGUGUGAACGCUGUGGAGGGAGGGAGGACUCGCAGCCUGAGGACAGGGUCUAGGGUUUGGAGAAGCCUCCGUCUGAGCAAGAGACUGCGUGUCCUGGCCUCUGCGCUUGCCAGCCCUCUGGGCCGGUCCCCGCCCCUCCAGGAGCCCCGGGGUCCUCGGCAGGAGGGUCCUCUGCAGGGUAACUUGGACAGCGCCGUCCCUCGCGGUGGGUGCUGGGAACGAAGGAGGGCCCCGACCCAGAAGUGGGGGAGGCCGGGGGUAGAGCUGGUGUGUGGUGUCGCCGUGGACCACUCUGGGCCGUCCUCAGGUUGUCCAGUGUAGGCCUUGUGCCACAAGUGACACUGGUCCCUCCUCGCCUCCCCCUCUGGGUCCCCCUGCUGUCCAGAUGUGCACCUCCUAGCCACCCCUCCCCCCCCCCCCCCCCCCCCCUCUCCCCCCCCAGGCAGGCAACCAGCUUGCAGACCCAAAGCAGGAAUGUCAAUAAAUCCCCCUCCAGCCUG